AGAGUUAUGUUCAAAUAAAUAUAUAUCGAAUAAAUUUUCGACUUCACCAUGGACUUUGGAGAUAACGACUUACUGGGAGACAUCUUAUCCGAUGAUAGCAACGAUAGUUUUUUCGAUGAACCAAAACCUACAACCAAAACUUCGGCUACUAACAGACCGAGACAAACCGAAUCGAAAAAAGAAUCCAACAAAGAUGAUUUGCCUGGACUCGAAACCUCUACAAAGAGCAACGUGACAGAUUCCAAAGCAAAAAUCGACUGGCUGGGUCUGGAUAAGAAGGAUUCCCUCGAAACAGACAAAAAAGACCCCUUUCCAAGAACAAGGAAAACUACAAAAAAGAUAAGUUUUGAAGAUGACGAUAUUUUGGGUACGUUGGGGUUUGGCGAUAAGUCGGAAAAACCAAAAAGAGGAGAGAGUCCAUUGACUCUAGAACCGAAAGAUAAGAAAACCGACAUGCUCGAGAGCAUUCUGAAGAGUAACAGUAAAGAAAAACCAUUCGAAAAUGCGCCAAAAAUUGGUUCUGUAACAGCCAAAAGUACCAGUGAAGGUACUUUUGCCAAUAACCAAGAACUACCAUCAGGGUUUCCAAGGGAAGGGAGGCGAAAACGAGUCACUUCAGGAUUGGUGGAUCCUUUAGGCUUAUUUUCAGAUCAAACAAAUGAUGAUAUUUUUAGGCAGACGGACGCUCUUGAUGGCAAACAAACGAGAGCUCGUUCGUUUUCUUCUGGUGAUAUGAAAGAUGUUGAUGGAUUGUCGUCCACGAAAAGUCAAGUUGGAGACACUAGAAGUGUCCCGAAUCUGCUGGAAGCACAAGGAACACCUGACUGGCUGGGGCUCGCCCCCAAACCGAAAACAUCAGAAAGUGACUGGCCAGCAUCCUCCUACACCAAAUCGAAGUCAGAAAUAACGCUGAGCGAUAAGACCGAUUCUGCAGGCAACCUUGCUAAGACCACGGAAAAAAACCAAGUCAACUCCGAAUCGGACAGAACCAACUUCGAGACUUCGGGCUUUCAAACUCCCAUGUCCAAUGCCCUACUGAUGCACGAGAAGCUUGCCAAGUCUCAGGUCGAGUACCAGAGUGCUGCGGUAUCUUUGCAACAGCAGGAAUCCCAAAUACUGAUCGCUCUACAGAUGAAAAAAUACGAAGAUAGUCUGAUGGAGAUACAGCGGCAGCAGCAGGAAAUCAUAAUGAAACAGGAUCAGCAGUUUAGCGCUCUGCUGGAGCGACAAUUCGCCAAACAGCAUGCAAUGGAGAACAGCUUGAAACUGCAGCAAGAAAGGAUAAAUAACCAUAUUCAGCUAUUACUCACUCAACCAAGGGUGGAUAAUCCUAUUUUGCAUCUAAAAGAAGAGACAGAGAAAACAAGGGAAAUCGCAGAAGAUGAGUAUUUGAAAGCUAACGAGAAUCUUAUCAAUAAUCUGAAGCAGAGACAUCAUGAGGAAUUAUUCAUUUUGGAAGAAUCUUACAAGAAACAAAUAUCAGUUUUGGAGGAUUCAUCCCAACAAGUGGAAUCCAGAUUGAAAGCAGAACUGGAAACAGUUCUCUCUCAAAAUGAGUCGACUAUAAAUUCCCUCAAAGAAAACCACGAGAAGGAAAUACAGGCGAUACGAAAGAAGCUCGAAGAGGCGGAAAAGCAACAUGUUGAGGAAUUGAAACUUGUCAGGGAUAAUCAUCUACGUGUGAUAGAUGAAAUGAAAUACGAGCAUAACCUUCUGCUUGAGAACUUGAAGGAGUCCAGGAGACAGGAGUCGGCCAUCACCAAGGAAUCUGGUGACUACGGGAAGAUGUUGGACGCUAACAUCCAGUUGUUACACAACAAUAGUCAAAUAUUGCAAAGUGUGAGUGGAAAAGUCGAGACGCAAUACAGCGUCGUUUAUAGUACCAGAGAAGAGACGCUCAAAACCAAGGAAAAGGAGAUUGAGAUGAUGAGAAACACCUUAGAAAAGUGCAGGGAAUCUGCAGAAAUGGAGAGGACUCACCUUUUAGGCUUAGUUGGGAGCCUAGAAACGAAAAUUGCUGAAUUGAAUCAGUCAACCAGGGAGGAGCGGUGGGCCAUGCAACAGGCUGUGUCAACUUUGGCAGCCCGUUCCGCCGCUUUCGACAGGGAAACGGAGUUCUCUAGAGCUUCCAUAGAAAGAGAAAGAGAGCAACUGAAGGCAUUGAAGGAAUCACUUCUAGCGGAACAGGAGAAAAUGAUGCUUCAAUUAACCGAAGAAAAGCUGACGAUGUCAGCAGAAAAAGCACGUAUGGAAACCUCCAGUAAAUUGAACGUUCAAUUUGACACACAAAAGGCGAAAGCUGAACUUGAGGCGGCCAUCCAGGUGGCCAAAGAAGCAGCUGAAAUGACCGAUCGAGAGAGGGAGAUGCUGCAGAGGCGAAUAUUAGAAGUGGAAUCUUUGAAACGCGUCCUUAAGGACAAAGAACGAAAGUUGACUUCCAAAGAAGACGAACUCUCCGAAAUGUUAGAAUUGUCAGAACGUAAAUACCAGGAAGGAGAAAGAGCACUUAGGGAUGCAAAAAUGACCGAAGCCAAGUGCAACGAAAAAAUGAGGCUCCUCCAAUCUCAACUACUCCAGCUUUCCGCUAGGGAGAAGAAAAUAAGCGAAGAACAAAUAGCGUUGUCGAAGGAACGUUUGGCGUUGAACACGCAGUUAAGACAGAAGCAAAACUGCAGGUUAUGCUCAGCAGAAGGUUUGAAGAACGAGCGGUCAGAUGAAUGGACCAAUGAAUUCAGUAAUGCGAAUAUCAACAUUGCACCACGUUAUGACGUUACCGAAGCGGAAAUAUUCAGGCUACAGUUCGAAGAUAAGGAAGAGUAG